ACGUAUAAUCUAGUGGACGGUUCUUCAGAAACAGCUCGUCAACCACCUCGGUAGCUUGCUAGCCAACAUAGCCGAAAGAUUCCAGCUAUUUAUACGCUUUCGGUGUAUAUUAGCUACUGUGUUUUAGACACACUUCUGUCGUAUCUACUUGUUAACCUAUUUAAUUGAAUAUUACGUUAUUUUGUAUUAGUCAGCUAUAGUAGCUUGCUGGUUAAGUUAGCACUAGCCUUGUCGCUAAUGAUAGCUAGCUACCUAACAUCCCCGAACAUGAGCUCCCUAAACUACUCUCCUCCUGUUAAAGAAGAGGAGGUCUGCUGGACGGAGAAAGAAGCUCUGGGGCUGAACAUUGUCGUGAAAGAGGAGGAUGUCACAGUUAAACAAGAAGUAGAGGGUGAUGCUGUUACAGAGAAAGAGGGAAAUGCGUUCAGAGUGAAAGAGGAGGAUGUUACAGUAAAAGAAGAGGAGGAAGAGAAAGACGAGGAUGCAGUUUUUGGAGUGAAGAAGGAAGGGGAGAUUACUGUCACAUUGAAAGAUGAAGAGGAGGUGAUAGGAGAUCUGAUUAAAACCAACUUUUUUGUUCACACAGGAGAGAGACGGGACUAUUGUGGAUCCUCUGGGGAGCCUCAACAACAUCACGAUGCAGAGCAGAGUCUCUCCACAUCAAAACAUCUCAAGAAACACCUGCAGAGAUCCACAGGGAAGAAAUCUCACUGCUGCUCUGACUGUGGGAAGAGUUACUCAAGAUCAGAUUCACUUAAACUACACCAGAGAAUUCACACAGGUGAUAAAUCUCACUGCUGCUCUGAUUGUGGGAAAUGUUGCAAAUCUUCAUCAGAACUUAAAAUUCAUCUGAGAAAUCACACGGGAGAAAAACCUUACUGCUGCUCUGACUGUGGGAAACAUUUCUCAAGAUCAGAUUCACUAAAACUGCACCAGAGAAUUCACACAGGUGAUAAAUCUCACUGCUGCUCUAAUUGUGGGAAAUGUUGCAAAUCUUCAUCAGAACUUAUUAUACAUCUGAGAAAUCACACGGGAGAGAAACCUUACUGCUGCUCUGACUGCGGGAAAUGUUUCUCAAGAUCAGAUUCACUAAAAGUUCACCUGAGAAUACACACUGGAGGGAAAUCUCACUGCUGCUCUGAAUGUGGAAAGAGAUUCAACUCUUCAGUAGACCUUAAAAUGCAUCAAAGAAUUCACACAGGAGAGAAGCCUUUUGGCUGUGAUCACUGUGGGAAUAGUUUUACUCAGCAAAGCAACCUAAAAUCACACCAGAGAAUACACACAGGAGAGAAACCUUAUGGCUGUGAUCAAUGUGGAAAGCGUUUUUCUCAGCAAAGCAACCUGAAAUCACACCAGAGAAUACACACUGGGGAGAAACCUUAUGGCUGUGAUCAAUGUGGGAAGAGUUUUACUUUGUCAAGCUGCCUGAUAGUGCACCAGAGAACACACACUGGAGAGAAACCUUUUAGCUGUGAUCAAUGUGGGAAAUGUUUUGUUACAUCUGGCAAUCUGAUUGUACACCAGAGAACACACACAGGAGAGAAACCUUAUAGCUGUAAUCAAUGUGGGAAGAGUUUUACUCAGUCAAGCAGCCUAAUAGUACAUGAGAGAACACACUCACAGUAGAGAAGCUUCACCACUGUUCAGAUUGUGGGAAAAGCUUUUCAACAUCAAACACUUUGAAGCUGCACCAGAGAACACACACAGGAGAAAAACCGUAUAGCUGUAAUCAAUAUGUGAAUGGUGUUACUUGGCUAAACAGCCUGGUAUCACACUAGAGAACACACACAGGAGAGAAAUCUCUUAGCUGUGGUGAAUGUGACAAGAGAUGCUCUGAUAAAAGAUCUCUGAUCAAACAUCAGACAAUACAUGAAGGAGAUGUUUCAUGAUAUCAAUGGAAUAAUGUCACAAUAUUGAAUGUUUUAACUAUUAGCCUUGUAUUUUAAUGAUGUCACAAUGCAGAAUGUUUUAAGUAUCAUCUAUUGCUAUUAGCCUCACGGGAAAAAUCCCGGCUCUGAAUUGAAAGAGUACUAUUUAUAUGAUUUAACAGAAAGUGACUAACAAAAAAAGUGUUCCGUUACACUUACCACGUUGGUGACCAACUUGAAUCAAAAUGUAGCUAGCUGUUUUCUACAAAUUGUCCUCUAACCAGGGAUGUUCCAAUUAUUCCCAGAUUCCGUGUGGUUUUUGAGCUGUUAGUUUUAACAGGACGUGCAACCUCAUCUCCCUCCUCUCGGCACAAUUGAUUUCAAAAUGAUAUUGAUGAGUUAUGACCAAUAAGUGUUGCGUUCCUUUGUUUAGCGACCCCUACAUUUAAAUGCAUCACUCCAAAAUGUAGCUGACUGUCUUCUGCAGGUUGUCCUCUAACUAGUGAGGUAAAAGAUAUCUCCCAUUUCCAUGUGUUUUUUAUUUAGUUGUCUUUGUUUUAACAGCAUGUACAACCUGAUUUUCCCCCCUAAUCGAUAUCAGUGAUUUAUUGCUACUUGUCAAAACAACAGCGUUUUUGGUGCUUGUGCAGUUUAUAAGGAGCUUGUUUAAAUAAAUACAAGUAAUAUGAUUAUUGUGGCAGAUGUUUGUGUAUAUUGCACAUUUUACGUUUAGGUUUUGAAUAUAUCACAAACUGUUUCUGCAUAUUGGUUAUUGAUUGGGACAUGUUAAAACUGUGUUUUGACAUUGGGCUAUCCCACCUAGUAAAAUGUAGUUUUUUCAAUGACUUGAAAACAACUUAAUUUCAACGUACUUGUAACCUAUACACAUAGACACAGUAUAAUAAAUUGGUCUAUAAUCAAUUUUAUUAACAACCCUACAUCACUCCAGUAUUUCUUGACAACAUUUAAAUGCUAAUUGUCUUUAUUCCACUACUGAAGAAGCAUGACUCAAAUCACCUCAUAUUUCAAACAUCCAGCCUGACAAAAUAUACAUGUUUUAUUAUUCCAUGCCUCAACAUUAAGUUAAUUAUUGCCAAUACAUAUUAACAAAGGGGUGUACAUUUGGUGUUCAUAUUUACAUUUAGUAAUCAUAAUUGUUUAUACGACCAACUGACAAUUUUUGGGUACAAUUAUAUUGACAUUGUUAUCCUGCUUUUAUAAUAUCAUUCUCAGAUGUGCCAACCCAAAUGUACUAGAGCAUGACAUUGGGGACUGGGCCCAGAUCCAACAACAUGCCUACCUUGUGAACCCUGAAAAGAGAGAGAAGCUCCACGGUGAGGUGGAAAGUUACUACGGAUAUUGCAUGAGUUUCCUCUUGAAAUCAGAUAUGUCCGUGGUAAGGACAACUUGGUUGUUGAUUGUCUUCAGGGGGGUGUAGUCAAAAAGUUUUGUGUUUAGCAUGUGCGUUGCCAUGGAUCACAAUUUAUUUUGACUGCAAGUUUUUCCGUAUUGGAGAUGAUUUUUGUUUGAGCUCUUUCCAAGGGGACGAGAGUUCUAGAAGCUAGUGAGUUUUAGGAAGACGAGAGUUCUAGAAGCUAGUGAGUUUUAGGAAGACGAGAGUUCUAGAAGCUAGUGAGUUUUAGGAAGACGAGAGUUCAAGAAGCUAGUGAGUUUUAGGAAGACGAGAGUUCUAGAAGACAGUGGAGUUUUUUUCAAAAUUAGCUUUAGGAUUCUAUAGAAAGAAAAAGGUCAGAAAUAAUACUAUAAUAUAUUAUUAUUUAGAAAUACAUUUGAUUGUUUUUAAUUGUUGACAGCCAGUAGACACCAUGUUAAUAUUGUAGAAGGUGAAGCAUUGUAGUUGAUUAUAAUGUGAAAUGGAAGUGUUUGGUGGUGUGCAAACCUUUCCAUCAAAAAUGUAGGAUAUAUUUGUUAUUUUCUUAAGGGAAAUGUGUUACUGGCUUUGGUUUUUCCAUUUAUGUUUUGAGGUUGGACUUUAGCACGUCUAGCUCGUUAGCACAUUUCGCUCAUUAGCACGUAGGUCGCACUGAUUGGUAUCACCUCGUUAGUCAGUAAGUGUUACACCAGUUCUUUUGUUUGCCUCUUCUUGGGCAGAUUUAGUGGGUCUCAUGGUGGGGGACUUUUAUGUCCCAGUUGUUAUUACUAGUCAACUUUCAGUGGACACUGAUAGCAAAAAUUGCAAGAUUAUGUUAUAAUACUUUUAUUGCAUCAAAUGGUUGUUUUAUGCAACAGAAUAGAGGGUUCUUAUAACUAUUGUGUCUGUGUUCUACUGAGGAUGGGCCUCUGGGAGAAAACCUAAAGAGACCAUAUUCCAGAGCAUGAGUCAAUAUUCUAUAUGGUACCAGGGAGAGAUGAUCCAAGGGCCAGACCCCUGGUCUCUACACAAAGAGUACUCUUUUUAUAGCAGAGACUGUCUGCUGAGAAUUAUAACUCUUUCAUACAAAUCUUAACCUUGUGACCCGUUCUAUACAUCUGUUGUUCGUGUAGGUUGAAAGGGGUGUUUCUUGGCUGUAAAAGACCUUUGUACUUUCAUCUGGGGGUGAUUCGUCAACCAGCCAUCAUUAUCGUAGAGCACUCAAUUGAUUCACUUUAUAUGUGUGCGUUGUAUUGCCCUGCUCCCAUAUUAAGUGAAUAAAGAUUUAGUUUAAGAAUAACUCUGA